AUGACAAAACUGGAUUUAAAUUUUGAACCUGCUCCUCAACUAGAUCUAAAGGACUUGAAUGAACAUGUUCUGAAGGCAGAGUAUGCCAUUAGAGGUGCUAUUCCAACAAGAGCCGAACAAAUUCAAGACCAAAUUAAUUUGGACCCUGAAUCCGUUCCAUUCGAUAAGAUUACAACAGCUAAUAUAGGUAAUCCACAACAACUACAACAGAAACCAUUGACUUACUCCAGACAAGUUGUUUCUGUCUUACAAUACCCUGAACUAUUGCAACAUCGUGAUAUGUUAGUGAAAUCCGGUGCAUUCAAGGUUGAUGCUCUAAAUCGUGCUGAAGUGUUACUAGGUAAGAUCGGUGGAUCUGUGGGUGCUUAUUCUAGUUCUCAAGGUGUACGUGGGAUUAGAGAUACUGUCACUGAGUACAUUACACGUAGGGAUGAUGGAGAACCUGCGUCUGCUCACGAUAUCUUCAUGACUGAUGGUGCCACUAGAGCUGUAACAUAUUUAUUGUCAUUGUUAUGUAGAGGUCCUCAAUACGGUGUUCUGAUUCCAAUUCCUCAAUAUCCUGUGUAUACUGCAUCGUUGACUCUUUAUAAUACUUCUGCUAUUCCAUAUUAUUUAGAUGAAAAAUCAGGUUGGUCGACAGAUGCUGAAGAAAUUGAAACACAAAUUAAGAAAACUAUUGAUAAUGGGAUUAAACCUACUGUUAUUGUUGUGAUUAACCCGGGGAAUCCAACAGGUUCUGUUUUGAAACCAGAAGUUAUGGAAGACAUUGUGACAUUGGCUGCUAAAUAUGGUCUUGUAAUUUUAGCUGAUGAAGUUUAUCAAGAAAACGUUUUCUCAGAAGAAAGAAAAUUCUAUUCUUUUAAGAGAGUAUUAAGGUCUUUACAACGUCGUCAUAAAACUAUAUAUGAUAAUGUUCAAUUGGCCUCCAUUCAUUCUACUUCAAAGGGUGUGUUUGGUGAAUGUGGUCAAAGAGGUGGUUAUUUGGAAUUAAUUGGGUUCAAAGAUGUUGUCAGAGAAGAAAUCUUGAAACUUGCUUCUUUAUCAAUAUGUGCUGUGAUUACUGGUCAAGCAAUGGUGGAUUUAAUGGUGGCUCCACCUUUAGAAGGAGAAGCUUCAUAUGAGAUGGAUAAAUCUGAAAGAUUGGCUAUACAUAACACGUUGAAACAAAGAGGUGAAUUGUUAUUCAAAACAUUCCAAGAAUUGGAAGGUAUAGAAUGUCAAAAGCCUCAAGGUGCAAUGUACUUGUUCCCAAGAUUAUAUUUCUCACAAAAGGUUUAUGAUGCUGCUAAGAAAGCUGAUUUACAACCUGAUGAAUUUUAUUGUCAUGCUUUACUUGAAUCGACAGGUAUAUGUGUCGUCCCAGGAACAGGUUUCGGUCAAGAAGAAGGUACAUGGCAUUUAAGAACUACGUUUUUGGCUCCUGGUACUGAAUGGAUCCAAAAAUGGAAAUCAUUCCACCAAGAUUUUUGUAAGAAAUACGCCAAGUAA